GUGAUUUAGACUUCAUAUAAGAAUACGAAUAAAAAAUGCGAGUGUUACUAGUGAUUUCCUCUUUGUUGUUUUGCCUGUCGAUUUGCCAUGGAUAUCGUUUCCUCGGACUAUUUCCCUUUCAAGGCAAAAGUCAUUUUAUUAUGGCCGAGCAACUGAUGAAGGGUCUAGUCAGGAAGGGUCAUCAAGUCGAUAUGGUCAGCAAAUUUCCUUUGAAGAAACCUUAUCCGAAUUACACCGAUAUCGUGACAUUGCCAACAGCUAUGCAUUUGGUGAACAAUAUGUCGUUUGAACUAAUGCAAAAAAUGGUUACCUCAAAUUUGAUGUACGCCGUUGCGACAUGGGGAGGAAACGACCUUUGUGAAAUCUUAAGAAAUCCAGAAAUUAAAGAGCUAUCCAAACUAAAGAAUCCACCCUACGAUGCUGUGAUUAUAGAGAUUUUUGGUGCGCAAUGUUUCAGUGUCAUUGCUCACAUAUUAAAAGUUCCUUUGAUUGGGAUCAGCACUACGUCGUUGUACCCGUGGCUAUAUGACACAAUCGCUCAACCUGAGAACCUGGCCUUUGUGCCGAGCAACAUUUUAAGUUUGUCCGAACCCAUGAAUUUCUGGCAACGUUUGUAUAACACCGUGCACACAAUCUUCAGCAAAUGGCAUUUUAAUUAUCUUACGACAUGGGAGCAAGAUAAAAUAAUAAGGGAGAAUUUCGGGCCAGACAUACCGAGCGUACGGGAAUUGGAAAAGAAGUUGUCGCUGGUCCUCAUCAACUCUCACAUCGCGUUAAAUGGGAUACAGCCGAAAACACCUGCUGCGGUGGACGUGGGGGGAAUCCACGUUCAGGACGAGGACGAAACAUUGCAGCCUGAAUUAGAAAAAUGGAUGAAUGAUAGCAAAGAUGGUUUCAUCUAUUUCACUUUUGGCUCGAUGAUGAUGAUUGAGACGUUUCCACGAGAGUUCCUAAGAGUGCUUUAUGCCUCCUUAGGCAAAAUAGCACCCAUCCGGGUUAUAAUGAAGAUACCAAAGCCGGAGAAACUACCAUCCGCUUUGCCCAAAAACAUUUACAUUUCCCCUUGGAUGCCACAAAUUAAAGUAUUGAAACAUCCUAACAUAAAAGUCUUUAUCACUCACGGCGGGCUCAUGGGCACGCAGGAAGCGGUAGCAUGCGGUGUUCCCAUGAUCGGUAUACCACUCUUCGCCGAUCAGUUUACAAAUAUCGACAGAUAUGUCGCUAGAAACAUUGCCCUGCGACUGGACAUUAAUACAAUUACCGAAAAAAGCUUCGACGCAGCCUUAAACGCGAUCUUACGGGAUCCUCUAUAUAGAGAAACUGCGCGAAAAUUGUCCCAACGAUUUCUUGAUCGGCCAUUGAACGCUAUAGACACUGCUAAUUAUUGGAUCGAGUACGUUAUUAAGUACGGCGAGGAUUCUCUGCGAUCGCCCGCGAUGGAUCUAACCUGGUGGCAAUUAUCCCUUAUCGAUGUCGUUGGAUGUCUUCUAUUUUGCGCAGCAAUUAUUGUCGCUACAGCAGUGUUCAUUGUGCGUUUCGUGAAGGAAAUGUCAAAUGGAAAUUAUAACAAUUUGUCGUAUUCAAAAAAGAUAAAAUGAUUAUGUAUUAAUUAGAAAU